GCAUCAACUGAAGAUACAUGUUUUUGCAGGAAAGUAUAUUCUAUGAUACUAAAAUCAUAAUAUAAUGGAAGUUGUAGCGUGAAGCAUUGGAUCUCAGACUCCAAAAUGUGUGAGGCAGCAUGGUUUGGCUUGAUGGAUCAGUAUCAGGUAGGGAAACCUCUUGAGAAGCUCCAUCAAGGGUGCCUCAGUCACGCUCCGUUCAAAACGAGAGGCCGUAUAUUUGUACUAUUGAUGAUUGUCAGGCAAGUUACAGAAGAAAGGACCAUUUGAAUCGCCAUCUUCUACAACAUGACGGGGAAAAAUUUAAAUGUCCAAUUGAGAAUUGCAGCCGCGACUUUUCUUUGAAGGGAAACAUGACAAGACAUGUCAAGGAGUUUCAUAACAAGGAUUCUUCUACCUCAAUUGAUGUUAAAAUUCAGAAGCAGCACGUGUGCUCGGAAAUUGGCUGUGGGAAGGCUUUCAAAUUUGCAUCAAAACUAGAAAAGCACAAAGAUUCUCAUGUUAAGCUGGAAUCAAUAGAGGCAGUGUGCUUAUACCCUGGGUGCAUGACGAGUUUUACUAAUCUUCAGUGCCUUAGAGCUCACACUAAAUCCUGCCACAAGUAUGUGAACUGUGAGACUUGUGGGAAAAAGCAACUGCGUAAGAACAUUAAAAGACACCUCCGUAAGCAUGAAACUGGUAGUUCAUCAGAGGUGUUUCAUUGUGAUUAUAAGGAUUGUAGCAGCACCUUCUCAAGUAAAUCCAAUCUGUGUAAGCAUGUAAAAGCUGUCCAUUUGCAAGAUAAACCCUUUAUUUGUGGCUUUCCAGAUUGUGGCAUGAGAUUUGCUUAUAAAUAUGUGAGAGAUAACCAUGAAAAAUCCGGUUCGCAUGUUUUUACCUUGGGGGAUUUCAAAGAAACUGAUGAACAAUUCAGGUCAAGGAACAGGGGAGGGAGAAAGAGAAAGUGUCCUACAGUUGAAAUGUUGGUUAGGAAAGAGAGUUGCUCCCCCAACUCAACUAGAGUUGCUUAUGAAGGGUGUUGAGUAGAUGCAUUGAGCUUUUUAAUUUUAUGCAGUAAAAGAAAGAAAAAUGAAAAUUAAGAGGAAGAUUUAAUGACAAUAAUGU